AUGAAAAAAAAAAUCGAAGAGGAGAAUAAAAGUUCGUACAUAUUAAAACACAAUAACAAUGAGUUCAAAAUAGACAUUUCUUAUUUUACUCAAUUACACGAACAAAAAAUAAAUAUAUAUAAGCUAGAAAGUAAUUAUGUUAAUUUAUAUUCGAGUACUUAUGUGAAGAAAAUAAAAUUAGGUUAUAAAUAUAAUGUAUUAAAGACAUAUUUGAUAGAGUUUACACAUCCUUUUAUUCAUGUAAGAACAAUAGAAAUUAAUAAAAGAUCUUUUUUAAAAUAUGGAAAUUUUCAUAACGAAAAGGAAAUAAAUAAUAUCGAAACAAAUAAUUCUAUUAAAACACUACAGAUUGGUAGUAAUAAUAUAAAUGAUGAGAAUAAAAAUAUUGAUAAAAUACCUUAUGUGAUGAAUAAUUAUAGAAAUAAUUAUAUUGGUUGUUUAUUAAAUUUUAAUACAUUAGAAGAAUUUUUAAAAUGUAAUAAAGAUGAUCAUAUAAAUUAUACAUUAAAAAAUUUAAAGAGUUAUAUAAAUAAUGAAAAAAAUGAUAUAGAUUAUAAAGAUAUGAAUUUAUAUAUGGAUAACAAUAUUUAUGAUGAUAAUUUUUGGGCUUAUAAAGAAAAUUGUUUAAGUGUUUUAGAAAAGAUAAAUAAAUAUUUAAUACUUAGUUUUUUGGAUUUAAAAAAAUAUAUAUGUUAUUAUAGUAUAGCAAAUCCUAUUAUAAAACCAAAAGAUAAUUAUUAUAAAUUGACAAAAAAUAGUACAAGGUAUUUUUUCUAUAUAGAUUCAAAAUAUAUUUAUAUAAAUACUGAAAAUAGACAAAUCAAUAUUAUAGAUUUAUUUUAUCUAUCUUAUAAAAUAGAUGAUUAUUUUAAUAAUUAUAAAAUGUUUCUUAAUAUGAAUAUAUUCUUAUUACUCAAAUUUGAUAAUACUCCUCUUCAUAAAAUGAAUAAUAAAGAAUAUUACGAUGAAUAUAUAAAUAAAUUUUAUUCUAAUAUAAAUUGUCAAGAACAUGAAAAAUCAAAAAAAGAAUUUUAUCAAAUAAAUAGUUUUUAUAAAUUAUUUGAAUAUUUAAAAAUUCAUGAUACAUCACAAAAUGAUUAUCACCACAAAGAAUAUAAUUCUUUUAAUAAUCAUAAUAAUAAUAAUAACUAUUCAAUGCUACAUAAAAAUUAUGAUAUGGUCAUAUUACCUAUUAAUGCACUAUCGGAAUUAAAAGAUGAUAUAAAAAAUUCAAAAGAUAAAAUUUUAAGAUAUAUUAAAAAAGAUUUUUUUGAUUUAUAUAUAUGUUUUAUUGAUAUAAAUUAUAUAUUCAAUUCUUUGUCUUGGGAUUUUAGAAAUUUAUUAUAUUGUUUAACUCUAAAAUAUGAAUUGUAUAAUUUUCAAAUAGAUAUAUUGGCUUUUAGAGAUAUCUCUUUAUUGAGAGAACAGUUUGUUGGCACCUUCAAAUCUGAAGAGGGAUUUAUUUGGCGCUAUCCAAAUGUAGUAACAAAAAAGGAAAAUACAAAAAAAAAAAAAAAAAAUCACAAUGGUGAUAAUAAUGAUAAUAUUAAUGAGAAUAAUAAUAAUGAUAAUAUUAAUGAGGAUAAUAAUAAUGAUAAUAUUAAUGAGGAUAAUAAUAAUAAUAAUAUUAAUGAGGAUAAUAAUAAUAAUAAUAUUAAUGAGGAUAAUUAUAUGGAUAAAUCUAAAGACAUAAAUAGUGAUAUACAUAAAAACAUUAGUAGUGAUAUACAUAAAGAUAUUAAUAGUGAUAUACAUAAAGAUAUUAAUAGUGAUAAGAAUAAUUCGUUUCAAUAUAAUCAUAUUAAUAAUUGCCUGUCUCAUCAUGAUGUAUCUUUUUCUCCUGUUUCAAAAAUAUGCAAAGUUAAUUAUAAUAUUAUUAACCAUUAUAACAAUGACUGGAGAGAUGAUCUUACAAAUGUAUGUUCAGAUGAUAAUAUAGAACAGUCAUCUAGUCAAGAUGAAAAUAAUAUGAACGUUAAUAAUACUUACAUAAAGGAUAAAAAAUACGUUAAAUACAAAAAUAAUAAGAUAUGUCCUAAUCAUCUAAUUAAAUACGUUUUAAAUUCUUCAUUAUUUCAGGUAAAUGUUCCAGAUAAAAUUCACUUUAUUUAUGACAAGGAAGCCAAUUAUAUGAACACAUAUUUAGAUGAUAAAAAAGAGGAUUCAUUGAAUAAACUUGAUAUAGACAUCUUACAAAAAAAUGAUGACACAUGUGAUAAAAAUAAUUUUAUAAAUUCAUGUAAAAGUUUAGGGUUUAGUUUAAAUAUAAGAAAAGAAGAUAAUAAUUAUACAACAGAAUCGAUGUAUAAAAAUGAAGAAAAUAAAAAUAUAAUAAAGAAUUAUAAUAAAUUAUAUUAUGAUAAUAAAGUGUAUAAUAUACUAUGUGGAUGGAAAUAUUUUGAAGAGAAGAAAAAACAGAAAAAAAGUAUUAUAUGUAUUAUAAAUUUAAAUGAUUUUAUAAAUAAAGAUACCAUUCAAAGGAUUUCGUUAGAAUUAAAUAUAAAACUAAUAAAAUGGAAGAUAUUAAAAGAUUUAAAAUUUGAAAAUAUAAAAAAAUUAAAAAUAUUAAUCAUAGGAUUAGGCACCUUAGGUUGUAUGGUAGCUCGUAAUUGUGUAUCAUGGGGAAUACAAAAUUAUACCUUUGUUGACAAUUCACGUGUGUCCUUUUCUAAUAUUAGUAGACAAUAUUUAUAUACCUUAGAAGAUGCAGAGAAAUAUGAUAAGAUAGGUGAAUAUAAAUGUGUAGCAGCGAAAAAAAACUUAUUAAAGAUUUGUCCAGAUUUAAAUAUAAGAACAAAGGUAAUGGAUAUACCUAUGCCUGGUCAUUUAAAUUAUUUGAAUGAAAAUCUUGAGGAUACAAUAAAUGAAUUGGAUGAUUUAAUUCAUAAUCAUGAUGUCGUAUUUUUAUUAACUGAUUCGAAGGAGUCACGAUAUUUUCCGUGUUUAAUGAUAGCCGAGAAGCAAUAUAAUUCUUUGAAAGAAUUACAGAAGGGGGUAGAUAAUGGUGAUGAUAAUAAUAAUAAUAAUAUUAAUAGUAAUAAUAAUAUUAAUUGUAAUAAUAAUAUUAAUUGUAAUAAUAAUAUUAAUUGUAAUAAUAAUAUUAAUUGUAAUAAUAAUAUUAAUAGUAAUAUUUUAUUAUGUGAAGAAGAAAAUAUCAUUACACAUGAAUAUAUAAAAAAUUCAAAAUGUAUAAAAAAUAUGGAUAAUCCAUUUAAUGAUAUUUUUUCCUUAUAUGAACAAAAUAGUAAUAUAUAUAAAUCAUUUAAUAAUAUAAAUAUGUAUGAUACAUAUCAAGAAAUUUUUUAUAAUAAUAUUCUUAAAAGUGUAAAAACGUUAUGUAAGAUGCCUCCUCUAGGAAUUACAGUAGCAAUAAGUUUUGAUUCUUUUGUUGUUUUAAGACAUUCUUAUUUAUAUUUUAAAGGUGCAUGUUAUUUUUGUAAUGAUAUGCAUUCUCCUUCAGAUUCUUUAUCUUAUAGAACCCUUGAUGAAAAAUGUACAGUCACUCGAUCUGGUGUAAGUAAUAUAAGUAGUAGUAUAGCUACAGAAUUAUUAUUAGCCUUAACACAACAUCCUUUAUAUUUUUUUGCUCCACAUAUAGACAAAGAUCAAUAUAUAUAUAAUUAUGAUAAUGACAUUAAUCAACAAAAAAAAUCAGACAUUUCUAAUGUAUUCACUUCUUGUUUAGGUGCUACACCACAUAUAAUUAAUUUUAAUUUAGCCAAUUUUAAUAUGAAAAAAUUAUUCUGUGAACCAUUCGAAAAAUGCAUGUGUUGUUCAGAAAAGGUGAUACUAAAAUAUCAGGAGGAUAAAAUGGAAUUCAUUCGAAAUGUUAUUAGGGAUAGUUCCAUUUUAGAAAGAAUCACAGAUAUAAAUCAACUCAAAGUUGAAGAGAAUGAUGUUAUAAUAUUAGAAUGA